AUGAAUGGGGUCCGGCGAAAUAGUGGCAAGUCAAGUGACGGUUCACCCGAUUCUUCGUGGGAUCCACAUCCACCUGUCAUCAUCCCCGUCCAUAGACGUUACGGCCCAGUUUCUCUAACUCAGAUUGCGGCUUUUAGAAAUUGUCGUGGUGCCGAUGGUGCCUUAAUCCGGCAGACCGCGAAUUCCGACGCACCGGAACAUUUCUAA